AUGCCAGAUCAAGAAUCACAUGAGGAAAUGCCAAAUAUAGAGUCAGAUCAAGAAUUAUACAAAGAAAUGCCAAAUAUAGAAGGAGUACACAGUAAAAUCAACCGAGACAAUAUUCAAGGGAUAAGUAAGCUGUCCAUUAGAAAGCUUGCUCUCAGAGCAGCCGUAAAACGUAGUUCUGCGCCUAUUUACGAAGAAACUCGAAACAUAUUGAAGACAUUCCUUGGUGGCGAUUCUGCUAGUUAUGCAGAAGUUACAAACCGUAAAACAAUCAGAUCCUUAAAUUUUGGACGCGGAAAAUCGUUUAUGGAUUUGGGAUAUAAUUCCUAUUAUCGCUAUUAUUCUCUUGCUAAAUUUGGUCUUUAA